AUGACAGUCGACAUAUUUGAUGAAUUAUUAGAAAUAAUUAGUCCAUAUCUACAAAAGACCAACUACAGAGAAUUUCUAACCCCUGAAUUUCGCCUAGCAUUCACUAUUUGCUAUCUAGCCUCAGGAAAUAGCUUGCCUUCCAUGGCUAAUUAUUGGCAAAUUGGAAAAUCUACUGCCUACGAUGUUGUACAGGAAACUUGUCAAGCUAUUUCUAAUACUAUAGGAUCGCUUCCUGAUAGCAGUGUGUUCAGUGCUACAGAAUUUGGUCAAGCUGUGGAAAAUGAUACACUGAAUGCACCCCCACCAUCUCCUUUGCCUGGCACAAAUAUCAUGAUGCCUUACUUUCUUGUAGGUGAUGAGAUAUUUCCUCUGCGUCAUAAUUUGAUGCGCCCAUAUUCUAGACGAAAUCCAUUAACUGAGACACAGCGUAUUUUUAACUAUAGACUUUCUCGAGCUCGGCGAAUUAUAGAAAAUGCUUUUGGAAUUUUAUCAGCAAGAUGGCGUAUUCUUCAGACUUCAUUAGCCCAACUUCCACAUUCUGUUGAAAAUAUUAUGCAACAGUAA